UGGGUCCAAUCCAAUCCAUUUUGAGCAAUUUAUAGUUAAAGAAAAUGUUGAAGUUUGGAACCUCAUUAUUAGUUCCUUCUGUCCAAGAGCUUGCAAAGAAGAACACCACUGAAGUUCCAGAACAAUAUCUUCAUCCAAAUCAAGACCCUAUUGUUGUAUCAAAUACAACUUUACAAGUCCCAGUCAUUGACCUAAGUAAAUUGGUGUGUGAAGAUGCAACUGAGCUAGAGAAGUUGGAUCAAGCAUGUAAAGAAUGGGGUUUCUUCCAGCUUAUUAAUCAUGGAGUCAAUCCCUCAUUGGUGGAAAAUGUGAAGAUAGGUGUUCAAGAGUUCUUAAAUCUUUCUGUAGAUGAAAAGAAGAAAUUUUGGCAAACACCAGAUGAUAUUGAGGGAUUUGGCCAACUGUUUGUUGUAUCUGAGAAUCAAAAGUUAGAAUGGGCUGAUUUAUUCUUCAUUACAACUCUGCCAUCCUAUGCAAGGAAUUCCCGCUUAUUUCCAAACAUUCCCCAACCAUUCAGAGAUAAUUUAGAGACAUAUUCUCUAGAAUUGAAAAAAGUUUGCAUCACAAUAAUCAAGCAUAUGGAAAAAGCUCUUAAAGUUGAACCAAAUGAAAUGCUAGAAUUAUUUGAUGACAUAACUCAAUCAAUGAGGAUGACAUGCUACCCUCCCUGUCCCCAACCAGAAAAUGUCAUUGGACUGAAUCCUCAUUCUGAUGCGGCUGCCUUGACCAUCCUUCUCCAAGCAAAUGACGUCGAAGGUCUCCAAAUAAGAAAAGAUGGACAAUGGGUUUCUGUUAAACCACUGACCAAUGCUUUUGUCAUAAACGUUGGAGAUAUUUUCGAGAUACUAACCAACGGAGUUUAUCGAAGCAUCGAACAUCGAGCUACGGUGAACUCAAAGAAAGAGAGGAUUUCCAUUGCAUCAUUUCACAGACCUCAAAUGAGCAAAGUUAUAGGUCCAACACAAAGUCUUGUUACUCUUGAAAGGCCUGCAUUGUUCAAAACACUUACAGUGGAAGAUUACUACAAAGCAUUCUUUUCACGCAAGCUACAAGGGAAAUCAUGCCUUGAUCUUAUGAGAGUCCAAAAUGAGAAUAGCAAGUGAUAAAAUUAUUGUAGGACUAUUUGAGCUGAAAAUAAACAGUUACUGUAUGUCGUAGCGAAGGUACAUUAAUUCAAUAAUUGGAUUUAUAAAUAAAACUAUAAUAGAACCCGCGUGUUGCGGGGGAGCAAA